AUGUCUAGCCAAGGUUCGUCAAUACAAGGGUCGUUCAGAGAACGCGUCGAACAAGAGAUGAUGACUCGAGGGCAGACAACUACGAGCCAGUCUCAAAACCAGGAGAUUCCGCUGAAAAGUCCCUUGCGGAAACUCUCCUAUGAGUUACUUCCUGAGAUUCUCUCAGUGGUACCCAAGGUAGCCCCGCCGGUCUUGACCAGGGGUGAUGGAAAUGUAGCGCCAUUAGAUCAUCUAGCCAGUCUAUCUGACCAUCAAAAUUCAAGCCAGGUGGGACAAAGCACAUUGGGCCCCAAACCGACGCUCUGCAGACGUAACGCGCUUUGCCGACGCGCGACAGCGCCUAUGGGAUAUAAGAAAGGGAUUCCUGACGAUGACAAUUGUCCAAAGGACUACUUUUCUUUCCCGUUCGCGGAGCCCCCUUCGCCGCGUUCACCUGCGGCGGAGGAGCUUCGCAGCGCGUGGCAAAGCUUUCAAAGGCCUAUCCGAGCCCACUCGUUACCCUCGCGUCAAUUUCACAACCCUGAGAAUUUUCUUAGCUAG